AUGGCUCCCCAACCACAAGAUGAAGAUGUAGGCAUUCCCGUCGUGGAUUUGUCAGAAGCCGCAAAAGAAGAUUCCAAUGAGGACGAAGACGAAGGUGGUGAUGAUAAGAAGUCUAGCAGUCGCCGCCACCGCCGUCAUCAUCGUCGUGAUUCCAAAAAGAGAAGCCACAAACCGCACAAGAGUAGUAGUGGUGGAAGGAAAGAAGAUGAUGCUCUUCUAGCAAACUCGGACUUCGUCCAAGAAUUAGGAACUACCGGUAACGGAAACACUAGAAGUCCGGAUCACUCUCCUUCUCGAUCCAAGAGGGGAGAACGGUCGUCUACCCGAGACAAGUCCAAGAAUCAUUCUCCCAAGAGUUCCAAAAGAGGAAAGGAAUCCAGUCGAUCUCAUAGAAGCCGCAGACGCGAAGAUUCUCCUUCGAAUGGAAAGUCUCCCAGGAAGAAAUCAUCUUCUCCGCACGCAUCCAACCGAGAAAGAGAAUCCUCUCAACGUUCCUCUAGAAGAUUGGGACGUGAUGACACUGAUUCUCCCAAGCAGGAAGGAUCCCAACGAUCUUCCAGACGAAACCUUCUCGAAGCAGGAUCGUCUCCAAAACAGUCCUCCCAUCGUCGGAUUGACUCAUCUGGACGUUCUGCUUCGGGACGACACCUAGGAGAAUCCUCCCCCGGCAAGUCCUCUCGCAGACUCUCCAAGUCUCCCCACGGCUCCAGCCGAAAGGUCAUCCAGGCCGAUGUUGGAACAGACCUAAUGGAUGCCUUUAUUUCUCCAUCCACCGAGCCGAAGAAAAAAGUCAAGCACCAUCAUUCGCCCAAGACUCCCAACGCUCACGAAGGAUCUCCGAAACGAUCUGCCCACUCGAGGCACAGCCGAUCUCCUUCGGCUCAAUCCUCCGUCUUGCCGCCCUUGCCGCUCGAGGUGCUGGAUCCAGAAUCUCUCAGUCGUGCCGGGGGCGAGGAUCCAGACGAUUUGAUGAACCUGGCCCGCAAUAAUCGUAAGAAUAAGAAUGACGAUCUGUUGGCAAGCUCUCGUCGAUCGGAAAAGAUGGAACGGUCUCGUCGUAGCAGUCGUUCCAUGAGAAACAGCAAUCCCGAUGAACAGGCCGUUCCCGAGUUUGUUGAUACUGGGCCAGAGGAAAAACAAUCCAAGAAAAGGAAGAACGACGAGAGGCCUGGCCGUUGCGCUGGCAGUCGUAUGCAAAUUUGCAUUUUGGUUCUGCUACUCUUGUUGGCCAUCGGCGGUGUGGUGAUUUACUUUGCUCUCCAAGGAGGUUCUGACAAAAAUGCAGCAACCUCUAAUGACGGUGUCGUCAAUGCGACCAAUACCACCUUUCCCUCGACCAUGCCCAGCAGCGCUCCUACCGACUUGCCUUCCAGCAGUCCUUCGGAGUUUGUCAUUCGGUACGAUCCACCCUCGGAAGAAGAUUGUGCGGCAGUCUCCCGAGGCGAAACACCCUUGGACGAAGGGAAUUUGCUUCGUAACUUCUUAAUGCCCAUGGAUGUUGUCAUGUCCGUAGAACAGGAUGAAGCCGCAACAGCUCAAGAACUCAAGGAAAAGAUGCAGGCACUGCUCAUGCCAGAAGUCAUGGGUUGUCCCGACGCCAUUGCGGCCAACCGUAAAUUGCAAUUGAGUCCAGAAACAAACUAUAUCAUUACCAAUGCAAUUGUCGAUGUACAAACAAGAGAAGGAGGUUGUGUUCGGUCGGAAGCGACCCCUUGUACCCAUGUGUUGGUCACUAUUGAUCUCACUUUGGAAGGACCCGAACGUAUUUUGACCCUCAUGGAAUUGAUCAAUAUCGUCUUUGGAUACGACCAAGAUUUGGUGCAAAAGUUGGAGUUGGGAGACGAGUACGUGCAACUCAUUCUGGUCACAAUUGAUUCGGGAACCAUCACGGAAGCUCCCAGUAUGGUGCCAUCCAUUGUUCCAAGUGAAUCUCCUUCUAUGCUGCCCAGUAUGAUUCCUUCGCUGGCUCCGUCGCAGGGUCCAACCAACCCUUUGACGCUCACCCCGACAGGUCCUCCGACACCAGGUCCUACCACAUUGAGCCCUACUUUGGAACCAUCUGUGGAUCCAACCUUUGCUCCCGUGGUGGGUCCAACUCCACCACCGUCAUCCCGGCCAUCGGCUGUGCCAUCUGUGUCCCCAUCCUUGCGUCCUUCCUUUGUGCCCUCCGAGUCACCAACCGUGUCGCCAACGGACGAACCAACCGAUGUACCAACCGUGUCCCCAACAGUGUCGCCUACAGAUGUACCAACAUCGGAACCAACAGAUGCACCAUCUGUACCCCCCACAGAAAUACCGACGGUGUCGCCAACAGAUAUACCAACUGAAGUUCCAACUGACGUGCCUACAUCUCAGCCAACCCCAGUUCCAACUGACGUGCCUACAUCUCAGCCAACCCCAGUUCCAACUGACGUGCCUACAUCUCAGCCAACUCCGGUGCCAACCUCGAACCCCACAGAUGGACCAACCUUAUCACCAAGUGAUGCUCCCGUUACCCCUCCUCCUGUUACACCUCCCCCUGCCCCUACAGACCCUCCUGUUACACCUCCCCCUGCGCCUACGGACCCUCCUGUUACACCUGCCCCUGCGCCUACGGACCCUCCUGUUACACCUGCCCCUGCGCCUACGGAACCUCCUGUUACACCUGCCCCUGCCCCUACGGACCCUCCUGUUACACCUGCCCCUGCUCCGACGGACCCUCCUGUUACACCUGCCCCUGCCCCUACGGACCCUCCUGUUACACCUGCCCCUGCUCCUACGGACCCUCCUGUUACGCCUGUCCCCGCUCCUAGUCCUUAG